GCAUCUCAUUUUCCUCAUUUAAAUUGAUCAUUUUCUCAUCAGUCAUACCAUCUUUACGUCCAUGAGUGUCAGCGGUGUCCUGAAAGUGUACUCUGUUGCUCGCGUGUAUGUGGACGCGAACAAGAAGAAGCCCAAGGAGUACUGGGAUUAUGAGAACUACAAGAUCUCGUGGGGCACCAUCAAGAACUACGAGAUUGUCAAUAAAAUCGGUCGAGGUAAGUACUCGGAGGUAUUUGAAGGUGUGAAUGUCGUCAACGACGAGCCGUGUGUCAUCAAGGUGUUGAAGCCAGUGAAGAUGAAGAAGAUAUAUCGGGAAGUCAAGAUCCUCAAGAACUUGACCGGUGGUCCUAAUGUCAUUGGGUUGUUGGACAUUGUUCGUGACGAACACAGCAAAAUCCCGGCUUUAGUAUUUGAAAGAGUCGACAACGUCGACUUUCGUGUGUUGUACCCCAAGUUCAGUGUCAGUGACAUCCAGUACUACAUGAUGCAGCUCUUGAUUGCGUUGGACUAUUGUCAUUCGAUGGGGAUUAUUCAUCGAGACGUCAAGCCUCAGAACAUCAUGAUCGAUCCCUUACACAAGAAGUUACGGUUGAUCGACUGGGGGUUGGCCGAGUUCUACCACGAGGGUAUGGACUACAAUGUACGAGUGGCGUCACGGUACCACAAGGCUCCAGAGUUGUUGAUCAAUUUACAGCAGUAUGACUACUCUUUGGACUUGUGGUCGGUGGGAUGUAUUUUUGCCGGGAUCAUCUUCAAGAAGGACCCGUUCUUCCGGGGGGAUUCUAACAACGACCAGCUUGUGCAGAUUGCAAAAGUGUUGGGUACCAAGGAGUUAAUGAGUUAUAUCAGUAAGUAUGGAAUCCGUUUAAGCUCUGACUUUGACAACAUUUUGGGCAAUUAUUCCCGAAAGCCAUGGAAGAAUUUCGUCAAUAAGUUGAAUGAGCCGUUAAUGAGCGAAGAGGUGUUGGACCUCACGAAUCAAUUGUUGACAUAUGAUCACCAGUUGAGACCUACGGCCAAGGAGGCAAUGGACCACCCGUUUUUCAAGAUUUAGAGAUGAUUUAGUCAGGGUUUAACUGGACACGAAGAUCCAACUACCGUUCUAUGGGCAUCUAUGUACAGAAAUUGAAAACCUCCAAGCACAUGAAAAAUACCAAUUUCAUUUCACUUGAAAGCAUGUCUUAAGCCGCCUCACUACCACAUUAUGUUUAUAGAAAAGUUACGAGAUAUGUCCUUAUAAUGUCAAUCAGCACAAUUAUCGUCUACUUAUUGGCGGUGCCGUCUUGUAACUGACCCCUGAAUUAACACAAAGACGCAUAAUUCUCUAAUUAUGUCUAUUUACACU